AUACGAACGCUGAGAAAAAGUAAGGGAGAAAGGGAGAGAGAAAGAGAGAGAGACCUGGGAUUUAGACUGUGCAGCAGCGGGAGAGAGAGAGAGAGAGAAAGAGAGAGAGAGGGGAGGGGAAAAGUUGGACACAGACAAUCUUGCAGUAACUUUUUUCUUCUUUCUUUUUUUCGUGGAAGAAGCUUCAAGAAAGAAAAAAAGAAAGUCAAGAGGGACAAUACCACACUGGAGUCUACAUUGAAUUUGCAUUCCCAGUCUGCUCCCCGGAUACAUAACGCGCAUUCAUUGACGGAUUAAUGUGGUCGCGAAUUUGUGGAUUUAUCAUUAGUUGAAGAGGUGGCUGAGGUGAGGUGAGGUGAUUUCGGAGGAGUGAAACCAUGUGGCUUCUCUGCUCCUCUCUGACUCUGUUGGCUCUCAGCUUUGGAUCAUGUGACACGCUGACAUCAGAGCAAGAUGUACAAUGCCCAUCCUUACAAGUGGAUGAAUGGAAGUUUCCUCAGACAGCCAGGCACAAUAUCACAGGUUUUAAUCUGGUGAGGCGAUUCUCCCUGCUCAAGAGUGCAGAUGUCAAAAAGAUCCGCAACCCUCGAGGACCUGUCAUCCUCCGCCUGGGCAAAACUACGCUCUUACGCCCCACAGAUCAGGUGUUUCCUCAUGGCUUACCUGAGGAGUUCACUCUGAUCUUCACCCUGGCGUUAAAGAAGGCCGCCCUGAGAGAGACUGUCUACCUCUUCCAGAUAUCUGAUCAGCAGGGAUACCCACAGCUCUCUGUAGACUUCAGCGGCCCCGAUGGCACCCUGUCCCUGCGUGCCAGUGGGGUGGACCCUGCAGCUGACCCGGUGAGCUGCGUCUUCACCGGUGAGGGGGUGGAGGCUCUGAUGGACUUGCGCUGGCACAAGGUGGCCCUCAGCGUGCAACAAGAAGCCGCCUCCCUCCACGUGGACUGCAGCUCCAUUGAAACUAAACCCCUGGAGCCCCGUGGAGUUAUGCCCACUGACGGACACACUCUGCUGGCCAUUCGGGCUUCAGAUGCCGGGCCUGUGCAGAUGGACAUUCAGCAGGUGAUGCUGUACUGUGACCCCUCCCUCGCCAUUCAGGAGGCCUGCUGCGAGAUACCUGGGGCACGGUGCCCACCAGAUGCUCCCAAGAGCCGCCGUGCUGCUGAGAAUGACCUAUUGGAAAACACCUUUAAUCAGGACAUUUUUGCAUCCAAGGAUAUGGCAGAGAAAUGUGCAGGUUGUUUACUCCUGAAUAGGGAAGAAAAUGUAGUCAACCUUGGUGGGGUUUCUGGGUUGAAAGGGGAAAAAGGCGACCGGGGUGACGGCUGCUCUGGCUCCCAUUCAGGUCCGUGCACAGAGGGAUCCAAGGGCCAGAAGGGAGAGAAAGGCGAGUCGGGGCUGCCUGCCAACUGGGGCGAAGCAGUUGGGUACAAGGGAGAAAAAGGUCAGAAGGGCGAGCUCGGUCCACAGGGCCUCACAGGCACUCCUGGGAAGGACGGUCGAGCAGGGUCCAUCUGUGUAGUCGGCCCCAAGGGACAGAAGGGUACCCCAGGUGUGGUGGGUCCUGAAGGACUGGCUGGGGAGCCAGGGAAACCUGGACUACCAGGCCCACCCGGAGUUGGAAAGCCAGGCCUACCAGGCCUUCCUGGUGGUGCAAAAGGAGAAAAGGGAGAAACAGGACCUACGGGAGACGAUGGAUUGCCAGGAGAUCCAGGACCAAGAGGACCAGCAGGGUAUAAAGGAGAAAAGGGUGACCCAUGUGAAGUGUGCCCUGUGCUGCCUCAAGACGUGGGUAACACAGUGGCUCUGCAAGGAAAGCCAGGUCUUAAAGGAGAGCCUGGAUUGCCAGGAAUAGGAGAGAGAGGACUGCCUGGACCUCAAGGUACAGAUGGCAAGACAGGACAGAAGGGAGAAUCAGGAUCAGAUGGUGCCAAAGGAGAAAAGGGAGAGCCAUGCUCUGUGUGCCCCACUCUCGGAGAGCUACCCGCUAACCUCGUCCCCGGUGUCAUGGCCCAAAACCUGCAGCAGAAGGGAGAGAAGGGAGAGCCUGGGACUGGACAGAAGGGAAAGCAAGGGGAACCAGGAAAUGUAGGAUCACCUGGCCUUAGAGGAGAGAAGGGUAGUGCAGGCAGCAAAGGAGCUGAUGGUAAGCCGGGAAAACCUGGACCAAAAGGACCCAGUGGCAAGGAUGGACAGAGUGGCCAAAAGGGAGAGCAAGGGCUGCCUGGUCUUGGUCUUCCUGGCCUUAAGGGUGAGAAGGGCGAGUGUGGUUUGUGCCAGCCGGCCGAGGUUGGUAGCGCACCUGCAGGCAUCAAAAUGCCUGAGGGAACAAGAGGCAAGCCAGGUGAACCAGGCCCUCCGGGUCCACCCGGACCUCCAGGUCUCGGAGCUGAUGGAAAACAGGGCCCACCGGGGCUUGCUGGUGCACAAGGAGCAAAGGGUGAACAAGGAGAUCGAGGAGAUAAGGGGAUGGACGGAGCUCCUGGAGUCCCAGGAUUGUCUGGAGAGCCUGGUCGGAACGGACUAUCGGGCUUGAAGGGAGAGAAGGGUGAUGCUUGUACCAGCUGUCCUUCUCUGGGCAGUGCGGUGGGUGAUGGUGUAGCUGUGCCAGGCCCCAAAGGAGAGAGAGGAGACCCUGGUGCCCCAGGAGAAGGGAAGCCUGGAAAAAAUGGAAAACCAGGCUUACCAGGUGUGCAGGGGCCUGCCGGUCCCAAAGGAAGCAAGGGAGAAGCUGGAGUUGCAGGAGUUGGCCUUCCAGGACCACAAGGUGAAGAGGGACCAAGAGGGAUACCAGGACUUGUAGGACCUCCUGGAGCCAGAGGAUUGACUGGCCCUGUUGGCCCUGCAGGUGCAAAGGGCUCUACGGGAGAUGUCGGACCUUCAGGACCACAGGGGCCUAUGGGAAUCGGAGUAGCAGGCCCCCCGGGUAGAGAUGGAGCCCCUGGCUCUCAAGGAUUGCCAGGAGCCGAUGGCAGACCUGGACUUGAUGGAGCUAAGGGGGACAAGGGUGUACCUGGAGAGUGCAACUGCAUAAUCCCAGUGCACAAUGGCGUAGGCGGACCUGGAGCUCCAGGAACUCCAAUAAACACAUGGCAGCCCGGGCCUCAGGGCCCACCAGGACCUCCUGGGCCCCCUGGCCCACCUGGGCCUCAGGGUGUUAUUGGAAUCCAAGGACCACAGGGUAUCCCUGGAAACGACGGGAUACCGGGGAACCCGGGUUUGCCUGCAUACAUCAACCCCAUUGUAGGGCCACACCAUCUGCCUCAAGACUCUGCUGGAGAUGGUGAUGAGGGCUGUGGUGAGGGCUGCUCCAAAGGGUCGCCAGGGGUGCCAGGCAUGGCUGGUGCCAAGGGAGAAAAAGGAGACGAGGGAAAGCCUGGUGUAACCCCCUUGGACAGCUGUGACAUGUGUUUGGAGAGACUGCAAGGAGCGCAGGCGACACAAGCAGUGGAUGAUCGACCCUGCACAGGAACACCUGGAAUUCCAGGAACACCUGGAUCACCAGGAAUAAGAGGAGAGCCAGGUAUACCAGGAGAGAGAGGCCAAGCUGGAAUUCCAGGAAACAUGGGACCUCCUGGUUUCCCAGGUCCUCAGGGCUCAUCUGGUUUACCUGGUCAGCAGGGUGAGCGAGGGCCACCUGGCCUCCCAGGAAUCAAGGGCGAGCAGGGCCCUACGGGAACGAAUGGGUAUCCAGGACUCAUGGGACCGCCUGGACUGCCUGGACUGAAGGGCGAGCGUGGGAGCCCAGGAAGCAGUGGUCAAAAAGGAGAAUCAGGUCCUCCUGGUAACCCUGGGUACCAAGGACUGGCAGGCUCACCGGGCAUUAAAGGAGACACAGGACCAGCAGGGGCUGUUGGUGCCAAAGGGGAUCAAGGUUUCCAAGGACAGCCGGGUUUCCCAGGACCACCAGGUCCACCAGGUGUUGCCGGCAAAAGUGGAAGGGAAGGGCUCCCUGGACUCAAAGGUGAAAAGGGCAAUGAUGGCACUCAAGGCUCUCAGGGACCAACUGGACCGCCGGGCUCAUCAGGCUCCCCAGGGCUGAUGGGCCCCCCUGGUAUUGAGGGAUUGGAUGGAAAAGAUGGCAAACCAGGGCUGCGGGGAGAAGCAGGCCCUCCAGGCCCAGCAGGACCACGAGGAAUCCCAGGAUUCAAAGGGAAAACAGGCCAUGUUGGCUUUCCUGGACAGAAGGGUGAAGCUGGACCUUCAGGUCCAGCUGGACCACCAGGCAGACCCGGGCAUGAGGGCGAUCCCGGUACCCCAGGAGCUCAGGGACGACCCGGACCCCCCGGCCACCUUGGUUCUACAGGUCCAUCUGGACCACCAGGACCCCCUGGUCCAUCAGGAGUGGGUAUAAAAGGAGAUAAGGGCCAAGCUGGUGAGAGGGGUCUUCCAGGGAUGGGUGGAACGCCAGGACCACCCGGCCACCCAGGGCCUAUGGGAGAGCCAGGCACUGACGGUUCUCCUGGUAAAGAUGGUGUGGCAGGCCUACCAGGGGACGGCGGCCAGCAAGGUCAAAAGGGUGAGCCAGGGGCCACGGGCCAGAGGGGUCCUCCAGGGGAAAGAGGUAGACCUGGACCCCCUGGUGGUGGAGGUUACCACUCCAAGGAUGCCCAGCCCAUGAUUGGCCCAGCUGGACCCAGAGGGGAGAGGGGAAGCCCAGGCACAGCGGGCGCCCAAGGGCUCCCUGGAACACCCGGGUCACCAGGAAAUGAUGCUGUAGUCAACUAUGAUGAAAUCAAGAACUUCAUCCGCCAGCAGGUCAUCAAGAUCUUUGAUGAGAGAAUGGCCUACUACAUGUCUCGCAUGCAGAUGCCAGUAGAGAUGGUGGCAUCCCCAGGCCGGCCCGGGCCCCCAGGGAAAGACGGAACACCAGGUAAUCCCGGAGCCCCAGGUGCACCUGGAAUGCCGGGACAGAUUGGAAGACAAGGCCGACCGGGAGGCCCAGGACCUGCAGGACCACGAGGACCAUCUGGAGAAAAGGGUGAUAAGGGUGUUGGAGAGAUGGGAGAUAUAGGACCUCCAGGAGCACCAGGUGUCCCAGGUCCCCCAGGCUAUGGUAAGAUGGGACCCCCAGGUCCUGUUGGCCAGCAGGGUGUUCCUGGGAUCCCAGGCCCUUCUGGACAGCCUGGUUCAAAGGGACAUGAUGGGCGGUGUAAUCCUGCAGACUGUAUGAGCCAUCAAGUAGAAUACAGCCCCAAGGGCCCACCUAUCAAGGGCCCCUGGUAGAGGGCUAGAGGUGAUGGAUGCAGAGGGGACUGAAGCAAAGAGACUACGGAGAGGAUAUGAAGCCAAAGACCAUGACCCAAAGUUAUUAAAUCUGACCACAAAAGAAAAGAGCACAAAAAAGGAGCUCCUUUGUUGUUGAAUUGUGUAGAUUUACCCAUACAGAUCUCUACUGUAGAUAUGAGCAAAAAUCCACAAUUUCUUUCUAAGGGCCCCGCUGGAAUGAGGCUUGCAAAGACGCACCAGCAGCACAUUUUUAUUGCAUCAUUCUUUUUUCCUUAUGAAUGCCAAUUUAUUGUUAUAUUACUGCCUCUUAUUUCCCCCUGUGUUUACUCCUUUUGUACAUUUCCAAACAACCCAGGGGAGGUGACAAGAAUCACAACCUGUAUUUUCUCUCUCCUUGAUUAAUUCUGGCCUCUUCUGGUUUUUUUCAUAUCCUUUGCUUAAAUCUGUAGGAAGAGAAUACACACAAUUAUUGUUGCACUUUGCUUCCACCUCUCAUAUCUCUUCUUCUUUCACACAGAAUCACAUUCAGAGCGCAUCCCAUGCAUUUCUAAUAUUCUGUCUCAGUGCUCAUGGUGUUAUACAUAUUUGGAUUUGACUUGUAUGAGAAUAUCCUGAGAAAUGUAUUUCACUUCUGUAGAAACAGAUGUCAAAAACUCACAUUCAUGCCCUCUUUGAUGGAUUGACUGUUAUGUAUAUAUUUAUUUUUAUAUAUAUAGUGGCUUUUUCUACUUUUUCAAUGGAUCUGAUAAAAGACAUAUGCAUGGCCAGCCACUUAUUUUUCAUUGUCAGUGGAUAUACAGAAACAAAAAAAUGCCAAAGGGAUAUUUUUCUAUAAGCUUUCAAAAUGGAAUAAUGUGUUCAGCAAAAGACAAAUUAUUUAUAGAAGAAAACUGCGUUUACACAAGAAAGCAUAUUGGCUUUUGUAAUUAUGUUGCUGAAGAUCAUUUUGUGUCAUUUUAACUCCGGUCUUUUUGGAAAUACAGCCAUUUUAAAGCAUCUCAUCUCAUUUUGUAUUCCAAAGUAGCUGUAAUAGCCAUCUGUCUCCUUCACUAGGCUCUUGUUUGAGAAAAUAUGAGCAAUAAUUCAUCCCAUUCACCGCAGGUACUGUAAUGCAACACACUGAGCAUGGUCACCAAGCCCCUCACGAUCACGUAAAGUAAGAUAAAGAAAAUAUUCUGAAAAGCAUUUUGUUACUUUUUACUGUAUUUUGGGGUUCUUAUCUGUUGUUUUUAAUCAUUUUUCAUAUCUGAAAGUCUAUGGAUUUUUAAUCACUGCCAUCUCUUACCAUCUCCGUUGUUCAGUCAGCAGUUUUGAGCCGUGGUCAGACUUUUGUUUCUCACAAGUUUAUCUAUGGGAAAUGUUCAACUUAAAAACUGAAUUAAACUGCUUUUCAAAGAGGUUGUAUUAUGUG